AUGAGUGAACUGAGAGUGGCACAGAAACCAGAAGAACUCCUGGAGGGCUGCAGGUACUGGCCUGCCUGUAAAAAUGGGGAUGAGUGUGCUUACCGUCAUCCUGUGUCACCUUGCAAAGCCUUCCCCAAUUGUAAAUUUGCUGAAAAAUGUUUGUUUAUUCAUCCUAAUUGUAAAUACGAUGCAAAAUGUACUAAACCAGAUUGUCCUUUCACUCAUAUGAGUAGAAAAAUUCCAGUACUGCCUCCAAAACCAGCAGUUACAACACCAGCACCACCUUCUAAAAGUCAGCUCUGCCGUUACUUCCCUGCUUGUAAGAAAAUGGAAUGUCCCUUCUAUCAUCCAAAACACUGUAGACUUAACACUCACUGUGCAAGACCUGACUGUACAUAUUAUCACCCCACCAUUACUGUACCACCACGGCAUGCCUUGAAAUGGAUUCGACCUCAAACCAGUGAAUGA